GCAGCCGAGCGGGCAGCAAGUGCGGGCCGGGAGCUCCAUUCACUCACAUGUUACACCGCGACUAACCCGAGAGCGCAGCAUGAAGAGAACUCACGAGGACAGCUCGUCCGACAGCGAACUGGACGAGCCGAUCGAGGUGGAGAAGGAGAGCGCCGAUGAAAAUGGGAACUUCAGCACAGUCACAGGCUCCAUGUCCCCCAGUACAUCCUCCCAGGUCCUGGCUAGGAAAAGGAGGCGAGGGAUCAUCGAGAAGCGUCGCCGGGACCGUAUUAACAACAGCUUGUCAGAACUGCGCAGACUGGUUCCCAGUGCUUAUGAAAAACAAGGCUCCGCCAAACUGGAAAAGGCAGAAAUUUUGCAAAUGACUGUUGAUCACUUGAAGAUGCUGCAUGCAGCCGGUGGCAAAGGUUAUUUUGAUGCUCAGGCACUAGCUAUGGAUUACCGCAGCCUGGGAUUUCGAGAAUGCUUGGCUGAAAUGGCUCGGUACUUGAGUAUUAUCGAAGGCCUGGAGAACAGUGAUCCUCUCUGUGUGCGUUUGGUCUCUCACCUCAAUAACUAUGCAUCUCAGAGGGAAGCUGCAAGUACUGCACCCCCUAACAUUGGACACCUCUCCUGGGGUACUGGCUUCAGCCAGCACCCACAUCAUCAUUUGCACCCGCUCCUCCUGCCACAGGCUGCCCAUAAUAGCAAUAGUACUGCUGCCUCGACAGAGCCACACCAUCAGAACAGGAUUGGAACAUCCUCGCACACAGAUACCUCUCCACUUAGAAUGGCUCCUAAUUGCAGUGUUGGUCCAGUCAUCCCAGUGGUCACCUCCUCCACCAAACUGUCCCCACCUUUAUUCUCAAUGUCAUCCUUGUCUGCAUUCCCUCUGUCUUUUAGCACUUUCCCCUUGAUUUCUCCCAGCAGCUUCAGCUCAUCCACUCAGACUCCAAUAAGCAACAUUGCCAAGCCGUACAGACCUUGGGGGACAGAGAUCGGCGCUUUCUAAAGACUCUUUUCCAGGAUUGUCAUGCCUCAUGAAUUCUUAGCUUAAACUUGAUGGAGCUGAGGUAUUACCAGCAUAGUUGCCAUGGAAUAUUCAGGAUGUGCUUCCAUUCUCUGCAGACUAAUAAUGUACAACAGCAAAUCAAUCCAAAAUUCUUGUGAAUGCGGCAACAUAAAUGGCCUCUUUGGCUCACAAUAUGUUAAAUAAUAUUCUUAUGUGAGCAGUCUGACCCUUUCAUUCCUGAGGUAGUCAGUAUUCAGAUAAAAAUGUUUAGAAGUUGAUUUUAUUAGUGUGACUAGUCAAAACAGGCAGUAUGCCAGUUUUCUUCAAGGUUCCAGAGAUCAUUUCAGACGUUUUAUCAGUUUUCUUGGAGCUUUGCAUAUAAAAGUUAUUCAUUUUUUAAGAGAUGUCUAAUAUAAAAUUGGAUUAAAUUUAUUUGUCUUAAAUGAAUUAAGUUCUUAUUCUUUAUUUCAAAAAAGGAUUAAGCAGUGAUGUGCUUAAAAGGCUGCAUUUUUAAAUUAAGGCAGGUUGUGUUUAGGUAUGGUAAAGUUUCCUGUUACAAAGGCCUGUGUAAGUGUGGCAUUGUACACAGCCUGAGAUUAGGCAAUUAAAUUUUUCAUGUCUUUGUUAUUUGGUUAGCCACAUAUUGCCUGAAACUAUUAAUUUACUACCUUUCAACUGUUUCAAAUGGAACAGAUUUAUUGUUAAUCACCAAUGGCACUAUCCAUCUAUUUAUUUUAUGCCAACAUCUGUACAUGACUAUCUACAAGGUCAACAUUACAUGCCUUACACUCAACAAAAAAUGUAAAAAUAACAAGGUCAACAUGUAGAGAUCAAUACACUGGUGUCCAGAAUUAUUAAAAAUGCCUAAAUAAUGUAAAUAUCUUUCUCAGUGAUAUUUUAUAUUUUUAAUGUUGCUGAUUGGAGCGAUGACAAAUCAGAUUUCCAGCUUUUUUUUCAGCGAAUGUUAGAUGCUAAAGGGUUUUCAAUGCUGAAACUGUUAAUUUUUGCAAGAUAAUAGCAGGUGCAGUGUUCAAUUACUGUAUAUUGGUUUGUGCUGACUUUACUAAACAGGAGAAGUAAUAAACUACAAGUGCAAUUGAGCAUAAUUCAA